AUGACUUACCUGGUACAGGUAUUGCUGUACAGAUCUCUUAGUCUACACUUACUGUUACCCUGGAACAAUGUUCCUGAUUCAGAACAAGACUGGAGUAAUCGAGCAAGCACACACCAGAGUUUCUGCCACCAGAUGGCAGCACCAUAUUUCCAGUUGAAAGAUACAUCUUCUUUGAUAAACAACAAGACUGCACAAGAUGCAGCCAAAUUGGUGAUCAGUAACAGUUUGAAGCUGAUGGUAGACUGGAUCGAGUGUGUGUCAGGAGAGGUGGUGAAAACAAAACAGAUCUGUUACCAGUCUAUGUCAGAGAUUGUCAGUAUCAGCCUGGCUGUUUUUCCUGUCUUUAUUCACCAACCAGAUGUUGUAGAGGACCUGAUGACAUUUUUCCUGGCCUUGUUCCAGUCGUGUAGGGUACAGAUGGGUGUCCCAUUUACAGAACAUGCCAUACAAACAUUCAUGGGACUGUUCAGCAAAGAGCAGUUAGCUGAAACAAUUAGGCAUGAGAGCACUGCUGCACACAGGGUUAUAGAAAAGUUUUUGAAGAUUUUACAGAUAAUUAUACAGGAGCCCGGUUCAGCGUUCAAGAGAUUCCUACCCAGUAUAAUUGAUAUAUGUAUGGAGCAUAUCUACCCUGUUAUAGCACAGCGUCCCUCGCCAGACAUGAAGCAAGUGUUGUAUGAAUUACUGCACGAGUUCCUAAUCAACAAUUGGAGAUAUUUCUUCAAGGGUUCUGUAUUGACAAAAUUGAACAACAAGGAGGAAACUAUUGAAAAUGAAGCUCAAUUCUCAGCUAUCAUGCAGGCAUAUGGCCAGUCUUUCUUACAAACAGAUAUAGCGGUUUUUAAACAGAAUCUAGAGUCACUAGAGAAGCUUCAUUCAAAAUGGAAACUUUUUAAAAAGCCAAUAUUUUAUAACGGAAUGCAGUCACAGUUUAUGAAUGUACUCCUACAAGUAUUAGUUCACAAGUCACAUGACCUGCUUCAAGAAGAGGUGGUUGUGGUUGUAUAUGACAUGGCCUCUGUAGACUUUGAUAGAUUCUAUGCAGAAUUCUUGCCACAGUUCCUGUCUGGAUGUGAAGGUUUAGAUAACGGACAGAAACAUAUGCUGGGUCAAAAUUUCAAACUGGAGAAGGAUCUGCCUACUUUUACACAGAACUUACAAAGAUUUGUGAAUGAUCUGCGAUACUAUAGACUAAUGAACAGUAGUUUACCUGAGGGCUCAGUGCAAUUUUCAUGAUGUCAACUGAUCUUAGGACAUCUUUAAAAGCAAAACUACAAGACAGUAUUUCCAUGAUAUCAGCUGAACGUAGCAUGUCUUUUAAAGCAAAACUACAAGACAGUAUUUCCAUGAUAUCAGCUGAAUGUAGCAUGUCUUUUAAAGCAAAACUACAAGACAGUAUUUCCAUGAUAUCAGCUGAACGUAGCAUGUCUUUUAAAGCAAAACUACAAGACAGUAUUUCCAUGAUAUCGGCUGAAUGUAGCAUGUCCUUUAAAGCAAAACUACAAGACAGUAUUUCCAUGAUAGCAGCCAAUUGUAGCAUGUCUUCUGAAGCAAAACUACAAGAUAUAUUCUGAUUCUAGUUUACAUUGAAAUGUGAAACUUCCAAGACAGCAUUUCCAGUUUUAAACAGUCAGAAGUCAGUCAGCAUGUUUGCAUUUUGUUGAUGCAAUCUAAUGUAUUGGUGCACAUUUUAUGUUAAAAUGCUCACCAGUACUUCCUCAAUGUAAGCUGAUAAUAGGUGAGCUACAAAUUGAGUACAUUAUGGUUAUAAUUUAUCCAAUAUUAGUACAGCAGCUUUUUAAGUCAUACAAAAUAUAGGAACAUUCAGGUGGUAUUUAGUUAAUUCAUUAAUUGAUUCAAGGCAAUGACCUCCAGAAUUUGGCUAAAAAUGACUUUUCUUUAAAACUGAAGUUUGGUAUGAUUGGUGCUCUCCAUUGAAGCUACAAAUAGACAUUGUUAGCUGAUGUUAAACCUUUUUUUAAGUUAAACUGCAAGAUAACAUUUUCUUGAUAAAAUCUUGAAGUUAUUUACACUGUUAAGCUGUGUGAACUAAGAGUUAAUAUUUUUCAUGAUGAAAAUGGAUGUUAUUGUAUUUUGUACUACAACAGUCUGAUAUUUUAGAUUUAUAUUUGUGCUUCAGUGAUGGUGAUGUAACAGAUUAAAGUAAUUGUCUGGUGCUAUUGUAUAGUGUACUCUAUACUUUACUGUUACUUUAUAAAAUUUUUGCUAUAUAUUUAUAUUUUAAAUUCAAUAGUGCUGAACUAUACAACUGUAAGUAAAUACAAAUUUUAGACUUUCAGUUGUCCUAGAUUUACUGUCGAGCUGAUAUAGUCAGAUAUAAUAAUAAAAAAAAAAACAGGUCUAUUUAAAGCUUGAUUUUUUUCUUCAAAUCUUUUCAUUUUACAUACUUUUGUGCUAAGUAAGAUAUCCAGAAAGUUCUGUGUCAGUCUGUGAACAAAAUAAAGUCAAAAUAUUAAUUUGUAAAUUUACAACUUCUUGUCUUUUAUUGUCAAUUUUUUUUUAGGAUUUAUUCUAAAUAAAGUUAUUUUUGAAAAUUUUAACACUGUCUAUACCAUUCUCAUAUUUUUUAUGCCCCCGAAGGGAGGCAUAUAGUUUUUGAACCGUCUGUCAGUCUGUCAGUCUGUCGGUCUGUCAGUCUGUCCGCAAUUUUCGUGUCCGGUCCAUAUCUUUGUCAUCGAUGGAUGGAUUUUCAAAUAACUUGGCAUGAAUGUGUACCACAGUAAGACGACGUGUCGCGCGCAAGACCCAGGUCCGUAGCUCAAAGUCACACUUAGACAUUAAAGGAUAGUGCAUUGAUGGGCGUGUCCGGUCCAUAUCUUUGUCAUUGAUGGAUGGAUUUUCAAAUAACUUGGCAUGAAUGUGUACCACAGUGAGACAACGUGUUGCGCGCAAGACCCAGGUCCGUAACUCAAAGGUCAAGGUCACACUUAGACAUUAAAGGAUAGUGCAUUGAUGGGCGUGUCCGGUCCAUAUCUUUGUCAACCAUGGAUGGAUUUUCAAAUAACUUGGCAGGAAUGUGUACCACAUUAAGACGACGUGUCGCGCGCAAGACCCAGGUCUGUAGCUCAAAGGUCAAGGUCACACUUAGACGUUAAAGGUCAUUUUUCAUGAUAGUGCAUUGAUGGGCGUGUCCGGUCCAUAUCUUUGUCAUUCAUGCAUGGAUUUUAAAAUAACUACGCAUGAAUGUGUGGCACAGUAAGACGACGUGUCGCGCAAGACCCAGCUCCGUAGGUCAAAGGUCCUAAACUCUAACAUCGGCCAUAACUACUCAUUCAAAGUGCCAUCGGGGGCAUAUGUCAUCCUAUGGAGACAGCUCUUGUUUUAAAUUGAUGAUACAAAGCAAGAAAUGAUAUUGCCUUAUCUUUAAGGUGUAUUAAUGGGUAAACUUGUUCUAGAAAAGGUUGAUCAAACACUGUGAAAUUUUUAUCAGUGUGUCUAGGGACUGCUAUAUUAACUUUAAGUAUACUGACUUAAAGUGCAUUUUUCUGCAAAGUCACUGAUAGUUAAAAUUACUAACAAGACAUCUGACUUUAUUGUUAUGUAGCUUUUAGUAAUUAUACUGUAUGUUUAUAUGAUAAUCUUUUUGACGCCAAAAGUAUUAUUAUUAUAUUACUUCUUAUAAAUAUAAGUUGUUGGUCCGUUGUUUGUACAAGUGACAGUACGUUUGCCUUAAGUCAAAACUUGGAGAAAUGAAACCCAUGAAAAUGUAUUUAGGAUGUAAUGUAAUAAAACUCUUAUUGAAUUGCUUACCAGUCAAUAGUCAGAACUAUUGCCUGAAGUCUAAAGGACCUAGGAUAAAUAGUUUUGACUAUUGAUUGGCAAGCCAUGUUGUAAGGGUAUGGAUCUACUAUCGGAUUGUUAUGUAUUGUAACAUGCUGAAAUGUUACUUUCUGUUUGUAACACAGUUUUUGUAAUUUCCUUUUUUUCAUGCCUGAAAAAUUUAUGUUCUUUGCUUCCAAAGAAUCUUCUUAUAGAUUUUAUCAUGUAUUUCUAGAGUCCUGAAGAAGGCCUAAAUGUUUCUAAUUCUUCUGACUUUAUUUAUAUAUCAGUAUAUACAUAUUUGGAUUAAACACACUUUAAAAUUAAAUACUAUACAAACUGUACACUGGUCAGCUUUGAACUUUGGUAUAGACUUAUGGCUAAAGUAUUUGAGAAAUUUAAGAUGCUCCUACAUUACAUGUGCUUUAUAUAAUGCCCUGUAUAUCUUGCAUUCAUAACUGGAGGAUUAAAGAAGAAAAUUUUGAAAACUGAUGUUAAGAAGAGGUGUAUUUGGCAUUAUUUCUUUCUUCUGUGAUAUGUUGUAUAGUGUCUUGUCCAAAUUAAGCUUAUGUAAUUGUUAAACCCAGUGGUAUGCAAUCAGUUUUAUUAGCUCACCUGUCACAAAGUGACAAGGUGAGCUUUUGUGAUCGUGCGGUGUCCGUCGUCCGUCCGUGCGUCCGUCCGUAAACUUUUGCUUGUGACCACUCUAGAGGUCACAUUUUUCAUGGGAUCUUUAUGAAAGUUGGUCAGAAUGUUCAUCUUGAUGAUAUCUAGGUCAAGUUCGAAACUGGGUCACGUGCCAUCAAAAACUAGGUCAGUAGGUCUAAAAAUAGAAAAUCCUUGUGACCUCUCUAGAGGCCAUAUAUUUCACAAGAUCUUCAUGAAAAUUGGUCAGAAUGUUCACCUUGAUGAUAUCUAGGUCAAGUUUGAAACUGGGUCACGUUCCAUCAAAAACUAGGUCAGUAGGUCUAAAAAUAGAAAAACCUUGUGACCUCUCUAGAGGCCAUAUAUUUCACAAGAUCUUCAUGAAAAUUGGUCAGAAUGUUCACCUUGAUGAUAUCUAGGUCAAGUUCGAAAGUGGGUCACGUGCCGUCAAAAACUAGGUCAGUAGGUCAAAUAUUAGAAAAACCUUGUGACCUCUCUAAAGGCCAUAUUUUUCAUUGGAUCUGUAUGAACGUUGGUCUGAAUGUUCAUCUUGAUGAUAUCUAGGUCAAGUUCGAAACUGGGUCACCUGCGGUCAAAAACUAGGUCAGUAGGGCUAAAAAUAGAAAAACCUUGUGACCUCUCUAGAGGCCAUAUAUUUCAUGAGAUCUUCAUGAAAAUUGGUCAGAAUGUUCAUCUUGAUGAUAUCAAGGUCAAGUUCGAAAGUGGGUCACGUGCCUUCAAAAACUAGGUCAGUAGGUCUAAAAAUAGAAAAACCUUGUGACCUCUCUAGAGGCCAUACUUGUGAAUGGAUCUCCCUAAAAAUUGGUCAGAAUGUUCAUCUUGAUGAUAUCUAGGUCAAGUUUGAAACUGGGUCACGUGCCAUCAAAAACUAGGUCAGUAGGUCAAAUAAUAGAAAAACCUUGUGACCUCUCUAGAGGCCAUAUUUUUCAUGGGAUCUGUAUGAAAGUUGGUCAGAAUGUUCACCUUGAUGAUAUCUAGGUCAAGUUCGAAAGUGGGUCACGUGCCGUCAAAAACUAGGUCAGUAGGUCAAAUAAUAGAAAGACCUUAUGACCUCUCUAAAGGCCAUAUUUUUCUUGGGAUCUUUAUGAAAAUUGGUCUGAAUGUUCAUCUUGAUGAUAUCUAGGUCAAGUUCGAAACAGGGUCAUGUGCGGUCAAAAACUAGGUCAGUAGGUCUAAAAAUAGAAAAACAUUGUGACCUCUCUAGAGGCAAUACUUGUGAAUGGAUCUCCCUAAAAAUUGGUCAGAAUGUUCAUCUUGAUGAUAUCUAGGUCAAGUUUGAAACUGGGUCAUGUGCCUUAAAAAACUAGGUCAGUAGGUCAAAUAAUAGAAAAACCUUGUGACCUCUCUAGAGGCCAUACUUUUCAUGGGAUCUGUAUGAAAGUUGGUCUGAAUGUUCAUCUUUAUGAUAUGUAGGUCAAAUUUGAAACUUGGUCAACUGCUAUCAAAAACUAGGUCAGUAGGUCUAAAAUUAUUAAAAUCUUUUGACCUCUCUAGAGGCCAUAUUUUUCAAUGGAUCGUCAUGAAAAUUGAUCUGAAUAUUCACCUUGAUGAUAUCUAGGUCAGUUUCAAAACUGGGUCACGUGCGGUCAAAAACUAGGCCAGUAGGUAUAAAAAUAGAAAAACCUUGUGACCUCUCUAGAGGCCAUAUUUUUCAUGAGAUCUUCAUGAAAAUUAGUGAGAAUGUUCACCUUGAUGAUAUCUAUAUAAAGUUCAAAACAGGGUCACGUACCUUCAAAAACUAGGUCAAUAGGUCAAAUAAUAGAAAAACCUUGUGACCUCUCUAGAGACCAUAUUUUUCAAUGGAUCUUCAUGAAAAUUGGUCAGAAUUUUUAUCUUGAUAAUAUCUAGGUCAAGUUCAAAACUGGGUCACAUGAGCUCAAAAACUAGGUCACUAUGUCAAAUAAUAGAAAAAAGGACGUCAUACUCAAAACUGGGUCAUGUGGGAAGAGGUGAGCGAUUCAGGACCAUCAUGGUCCUCUUGUCUAUAUAAUAUAUAAUCAUUAAAUUUCAUGGUUUGGGCCAAAACUGUUAUAUAUGGAAUAUAAAUUCAUGGAUUUCAAAUGUUGAACAUAAAAUGAAAAUUAGGAUUUAAUAUCAUGUAUUCCCCAACCAUGAAAUCCAUUAAAGUUAGUCCCUCAUGAAUAUUAAUGAUUUCACAGUAUAAACUGAAUUAAUAGAGUGUAUAAGUGGUCAGUCAAAAAUAUAUACUGUUGUAUUAAAUGCAAGGUUACCCAAGUCAAUUUAAGUGCAAUUCAGAUAUAUUUGCACAUGGUUUAUUUUUUUAUCAGUACUCAUCCUUUAACCUGCUUAAGUGCUUAAGUGAAAAGCAAUAAAAUAUGUUGAGAUUGUCAAAAUUUUAACCUGCGUAUGAAUACAGUGGGAUUAAUAACUUUAUCCGUUGUUUUAGAAUGUCUGCCAUUGUUGUUGUAUUGUUAGAUUUUGGCAGAAAUAGGAAAUGCUUUCACUACAACUGAAAUAAAAAAGAAAAAGUUACUUUAGGGGAAAAAGAUCAUGGCCAGACUUUGCGGAUGUUGUCAUUAUAUAAGCAUAAUAAUUGUUACUGUGUCUUUAACUGUACUUGUCAAACUAUAUUUUUCCAUCUGUGGUAUUUUAUGCUUGCAAAUAAAAUAUUUAAUAAAAAAUA